UCAAAGUCUAUUCUAGAACCCUUAUUUUCCUCCCGCACUCGGUCCCGUUUCUUCAUUCAAGAAUUUGACUCCAAUGUUUAAGAACACGUUCCAAUCCGGAUUUCUUUCCAUUUUGUACAGCCUUGGGAGCAAGCCUCUGCAAAUUUGGGAUAAAGAAGUUGUCGAUGGACAUGUCAAACGGCUGCAAGAUGAAGAUAUCCAAUCCAAUGUCCUGGAAAUUAUUGGGUCGAAUGUCCAGCAAGCAUACAUAACGUGUCCUGCAGAUCCUAAUGCAACUCUUGGCAUAAAGUUGCCCUUCUUAGUCAUGAUAGUGAAGAACGUGAAGAAGUACUUCACGUUUGAAAUUCAGGUUUUAGAUGAUAAAAAUGUCCGGAGAAGAUUUCGAGCUUCUAAUUAUCAAGCGGUAACCCGAGUGAAACCCUAUAUUUGCACUAUGCCCUUGAAAUUGGAUGAAGGAUGGAAUCAAAUCCAGUUGAACCUUUCUGAUUUGACCAGACGAGCUUAUGGAACCAACUAUGUUGAAACACUGCGAGUUCAAGUUCAUGCAAAUUGCAGGCUAAGGAGGAUAUACUUUUCUGACCGUCUCUAUUCAGAGGAGGAACUGCCACCAGAAUUCAAACUUUACCUUCCAAUGCAGAAAUCUUGAGGAUCUUCUCUUAAAACCAGCAGACAAGGCACUUUGGUUAUCGACAUUCGUCUGCAGACUGGUAUAUUAAUCUUGGAGUGGAACAUUUUGAUCUUGGAAAUGUUGAUUACCCCUGGUGGUAGCACCUGGAGUUUAUGUU